AUGGCUCCUACAAAUGUGAAGGGCAAAAUGGCGUGCACUCUGCAGGGGGCUGCAGCAUUCCGCGACAAACAGUCUGAGUUCAAGGCUGACUGCGCAGACCUUUUCAAGGUUCACCUGAAAAAGAAUCCUGACGUUGAGUGGCACCCUAGAGAUGGCCCUGGCAUGAACGCUAACCUGCGGCGAGAAAAGGCUCGAUUCAAGCUUGUCCUGGAUAUUGAAUUCGACGAAGAGACUGGUCGGCCUCGCUUUCCUCCUGCAAAUACCCGACUCUCAGAUGAGCUGGUCUAUCUGGCAACAAAGCACAUGAACAGUGGUUUGCGUGGUCAGCGAUACCCCUACGACUUCGACAAAAAGGGAGACAUCGACCCUGAUCGAGUGCCCUCAGGCCCCGCUCCCAUCGUUUGGGCUCAUGGCUUGCCUUUCUUUCCAGUUUAUAAGGGAUAUUACAUUCUCUGUGGCCGUGACCAUGCUUUGUGCAUUGGUUGGUUAAUCGAAGAAAAGAACAAGACCACCAUGAGGACGAACCCACCCUGGUCUAUCGGAGCAGUUGUUGCACCCAAAUCGGCGGUCACAAGUGAGCAUCUGGUGGAUCGUCAGAUCAGUCGGCACCAGCCUUGGGGCAUCGAAAGAGAUCUUCGGUACAAAGGAAAACCUAUGUAUCGCGAUGUUGUUUCAAGUGACCACCACGAAUGCGGUGUUCUUCCACAACUUGACGAAGAAGCUGACGUGCGCCCCCUCUACUCUAUACCUGGAUACAAUGCUCGGUGUGGACCCAGAGUCCCUGGGACUUGUCCUGACCUUGUGCUCAAAGAAUUCUUCGUCAGGCAUGGCAUCGAUGAUCAAAUUGACUAUGUCCACCUUUGCCGAGAAUACUCCAACAUCUAUCAAGACGACGAGGAAGAGCUGAAAGAUCAGCCAAUUAAUGCGACUGACACGUUUGAUGCAUUGGACUCGGAGUUGACGGAUAGUGACUCUUCUCUAUUUGUGUCUCAAUUUCCAGAGACGGAGGAUGCUGACGUCGAUAUGGACAGAGUGGAGACUGCGCCAGUAGCGAAGCCAGAACUCGACGCCGAAUCAGACCAUCAACCCGAGAAUCUUGCGAAAAACCAAUCAACCGCGGCUUUCAUGGAUCCUGACAGCUUGGAAGAUCAUGGAGAUAAACUGAGCAUGCAUGUCGACGAUAUCAACAACCCAUUCAACAUAGACACAAUCAUCGACGACUCUACCAUCCAAGAAAUCGACCUCGAAGAAAGCAUGACAAUAACAGAGCUUCUUAUUGAAAAGAUCGAAGCCCAUCAGAGCACAGAUCUUCUAUCUCCCACGGAGGAGGUCAAAACAUCAGAAGAUCCCCAAGUUCCACUGCCCUUCCAGAAUCAGAUGGAACUAUGUGAUCCCGAGGUUGAAAUCGAGACAGAAGAAACACAGGCCGCGACUCAUAUAUCCGAUGAACUCACUACGAGUCAGAGCACCAGUGUUCCAGUACUGUGCCCCGAAACUGAUGACGGGUCGUUUUGA